CCAUCAUCACCACCAACCCCCCCGCAAAAAAAACAUCCAUCCGACUGGACACCGAGUGCAUGAGUCAAGACGAUGUUUAACUCGGUCAACCUGAGCAACUUCUGCUCCCAGACGCGAAAAGACAGAAGUACCGAUUUCGGGGACCGGACGGGCUGCGGCUCGAGCCUCUACCUCCCCAAUUGUGCCUACUACGUGCCCGAGUUUUCUUCCUCUUCCUCUGCCGUGUCGUCGUUUCUGCCGCAGGCUUCCUCGCGUCAGAUCGCUUAUCCGUACCCCACAAGUCUGUCUCACGUUCAGCCGGUCCGGGACGUGUCGUAUGGGCUGGAUCCGUCAACCAAGUGGCACCACAGAGGGAGCUACGCGCCGUGCUACGCGGCAGAAGAAUGUCUUCCGCCAUCGUCCUCCAUGACGGAAAUGCUGAUGAAGAACGAAAGCGUCUAUAACAACCACCACCAUCACCACCAUCAUCAUCAUCAUCCUCAUCAUCAUCACCUUCAUCAACAAGCCGGCACGAGCUUUUACCCAACCACGGGUAAAAACAACAACGUCCUUCCGCAAGGUUUUGAUCGUUUUUUCGAGGGUGCCUACGGAGGCGCCGUAGAGGACUGCGUGCAAAAAGAAGAAGACGUCAGCAAACCAGAUCCGGUGGUGCGUACCGACCCAGAAAAAGACCACCAGCGCGAGGAGGAGGAUGAAGAGGAUGAGCAUGCUACCGCGACGUCGGGUGCUUCGGCCGCGGUGGCGAAAGACGACGUCGCCUGUAAAAGCGAGCACUCCAGUGCCACCCGGACGCGGAAGAAGCGAUGCCCUUACACCAAGUUUCAGAUCCGGGAGCUCGAACGCGAGUUCUUCUUUAAUGUUUACAUCAAUAAAGAGAAGCGGCUGCAGCUUUCGCGUAUGCUGAACCUCACCGACCGACAGGUGAAAAUCUGGUUCCAAAACCGGAGAAUGAAAGAGAAAAAAUUGAGCCGAGAUCGUCUGCAAUACUUUUCCGGUAACCCUCUUUUGUGAACUGUGUUUUUUUUCUCACAUAUACUGGAAAUUAAAAUAAUUCCUGAAAUAUCAAGGCAAAGUUGAAUCAUAAUGAAAAGAGCCUCAUUAAUACGUGGUUGUUGCAUACACAAAUGUUGUGACUUUUAUGGACACAUUACAUGUUUUCUCCCAAACAUGUCUUGUUUUAUAAUACUUCAAACUCAAGCAUAAAUGAUGUUUAGAGAGUCGUAUCUAAGGAAAGCAAUUUUUAACAUGUAAGACACGUUUUCCAAUAAAGAAUUGGGAUUUAAUGAGCUUUUCAUAAACUAUAAACAUUUUACUCUAAAUUGUUCUUGGCUAAUUGUAAUAGAU